CAAAGGAGUAGCUCUCAGCCACGGUACUACAAGGUUUCUUUAGCGUGUCCUACAGACUUGGCUAACGCUGCUACGAUCAGAUUUAGCCCUUCAAGUGGAUUUCGGAGAGCCAGUAUGCAUGCGAGUAGACCAAACGGCGCACUACAGCGUAGUUACGGAUGAGGGGGGAGAAGAGUAUGCGAAACUUAUUCCGCGUGGAGGACACGCUGUCAACAUCACCGAUCCAGAGACGGGUCAAAGUCACACUUAUACAGUGACUCUCUUUCACCAGCUCAAGUGCCUGGGAAUCAUCCGUGACAACUACGCAGCGGCGCGACCCCCAUCAAUGAUCACUCGUCACUGCAUGAAUUAUCUUCGCCAAUCGAUUCUAUGCCACCCCAAUAUGAGAAUCGAGCCGGCGGUGAAUAACCUGGGAUCCGCCGUUAGGGGGUACGAUGCUGUUUGUCGUGAUUGGACAAAAGUUUAUGAAGAGGUGGACAAACUGCAUGCGAAGGCUUCGGAUGCGUAGGAAGCUUGCUUAUUGAAAUACUUUACGAAUGGGCGCUUGUAGUGUGAUCUAUAACCGUGGUUUAGUAGUUGUUUAGGAUACAAGAUCAUGCUUCCUGUUAGUAGGCCUUGUCAAGCAACUAGCUGCAACCAGUCCCGAAACCAAACAUCAUGUAGCUUACGG